UUUCUGAUAAGCGAAAGGAAAGACUUCCAGAUUCCGACAAGAAGUCGGGGAGUAAAAAGGAUGAUACCUCAAAGUCGAACGAUAGAACACAUGUGAAGGAAGAAUCAACAGGUACCUGGAAUGGUUUAAAUCUUAUGAAUGGAACACAAUGAUUUCUGAUUCAUUGUACGCUCUAGAUCAUCUAUACCAGUUUACUAAGCCUAGUAAUGGAACACAUGGAGCCAAUGAAAACGGAAGCAGAAAAAGAAAAGAAAGAGAUGAUUCAGAAAAAGGUGAAAUGGAAGACCCACCUGUUGUCAAAACCAAGCGACCCGAUAAUGAUACGCAUGUGGAGCCAAAGAUAAAUGCUCCACCGGCCAAGAGCACUGGCAGCCCAGUCGUACCAAGAAAGACGAGUUCCAAGGGUAAAGAGAACCCAAAGCCUGAUCGGCGAGAAAAAGAGAAUGGUAUUUUCAAGAGCCCUGCUCGAGCAAAUCAUUCACAGCCACCCAGGAAUGGCCAAAAGACAAAUCAAAAGCCGAAGGUCGAACAAAUUGAGGUUGAUCUUAUUAGAGUCAAAAGUAAAGACCAAAUACCAAUUCAAACAUUUUGGAAUGCCAUGGAACCAUACUUCAGAACGUUCUCUGAGAGCGAACGAGAGAUGCUUUUGGAAGAGGGUGAUAAUGUCAAGCCAUAUUUAAUACCACCGCUCGGCCGAUACUACUUAGAUACCUGGGCGGAAGAGGAGAGAAUGCUAGUUCCUUCGUUUGAUACCUCUCCUCGGCACUCAAGAUCACCAUCUGUAACUUCGGCUCGCGGAACAUUUGAUACCAAUGGCUUGCAUAUGGAGAGAGCACGGUAUUUGGAGUCACCCGAGUCAUUUACCGACGAUCACUUCGGCCAGCACGACCUGAGUUGUGGUUCAUUGACUGAACGACUUAUCAGCUGCUUAUUACGAGAGAACCUUCUAUCACCAGAAGAGAUAAAUGGUCAUGCAGACACAGAUGCCGACCCGAAUAUGGAAGAAGACGACGAUGAUAUGGACACCACAGAAGCAACUAAUGGCCAGCCUACUAUAACAGCAACUGAGCCUAUUUUCUACCCACCUGAGAGAAUUCUUAAUUUCGAAGAUAGACUGAAACGAGAGUUGCGUUAUGCAGGGCUCCUUGUCGAGGAUGAUAUUGAUUGGGACUCACGAGAAGACGACGAAGUUUGCGCAGAGAUGCGAAAACUUCAAAAGGAUUUGAGAGAGCAGGUAAAGAUCAAUGUCGGUAGAAAGCAAAAGCUGUUGAAAGUUGUAGAAGGUCAGCUUCAAUAUGAGCAAUACAAGCAAAUUCUGGAUGGACUCGAUGGCCAAGUGGAGCACAGCUAUUUUAAACGAUACCAACGAUUUCAAAAAUCCAAAAAGAAAGCCGUACCGGUGCUUCCCAAGACUGCUCUAUCAGAUAAUGCAUUAUAUGCCAUGGAGAAACGCAGGACCUGGAUAAAUUCCAUCGGUGCUAUUUUUAAGGACAGGGAUAUGGUCAUGCCAAAGACUUCGAUCUAUGACGAGCAAGAAUUGGUAAAAACCGAGCAAGAUAAUAGUACAAAGGCACGGCAUUCUCAAUCAUGACCAUGGGGUCGCCAAUUUCUGUACCUAUUCGAACCCCCACAACUAGCAAAUCAUUGUCUGCGUGAACCCGCAUACCACGCAUAUGUAUCUGUAACAUAUUAUAUCCAUCACUUUUGUAAUAACUAUUUAAUAGUAAAGUCAGGUUGAAACGAGGAUGCUCUCUAGUUAGCUAAGCUAAUUGGAUAAAACUAAUGCAGGAACAGCCUUUCAGAGGUUUUAAUUUCCACGUGUUUUCAGAAGCAACGCACGAUACGUGACCAUUGCUGCUUCAACCUCGCCUUAAUCUCAUCAUGAAGGCUAUCCAGG